AAUACGGAGGGGAGGAGCUAAAAGAGGAGGCUUCCAAACUCUGAAACUUGAAACCCAGCCCGUCCUCCUACCAUUCUCUAUAUCCUCCAAUCUUCCGUGUCAUCGCCGGCGUGUCCGUGCUAAGAAUCGUCGCUGUCUUCCUCCGCCGCUCAAGGAGGCGUGCUUUCUUUUCUUCCUCCUCUGAUUGUAGCUGCUGUUGUGUGACAUUGAGGGAGUCUUCAUCUUCUGCAGUUUUUUUUCUGCUUAGUAAGGCGCUGCUGUUAGGGGUUGUUGUCGCCAGAGGUCACCAUCGAUCUGGUGAUACCUAUGUUUUCUGAUACUGAUCAGCUCUAAGCCUAUAAUUGGAGGAGGAGAACGAGCCAUUGCAUAUAGAGAGAAGCGGAUUUUUGAAGACAUGGCAGAUAAUGAAGAGCCAAUGAUUAUAGGAAAUACACUCGAUCAAUCACCAAUCAAUAAAUAUAAGCGCUGGCAAUGGUGGUCUUUGGUGGCAGUUAACAUUGCUUUUCUCAUUGUUGGGCAAGCUGUUGCCGUUCUUCUUGGAAGAUUUUAUUAUGAUCAAGGUGGAAAUAGCAAAUGGAUGGCUACUUUGGUCCAAACUGCUGCUUUCCCAUUUCUGUAUCUUCCAUUGUUUUUAAUUCCUUCAUCUCAGGAGGGUUCUACCACUUUUCGACCUUCUAUCAAAAUUCUUACCUUAAUCUACAUUGUUCUUGGGGCCUUAAUAGCUGGUGACAAUAUGUUGUAUUCUGUUGGACUUCUAUACCUCGCUGCUUCAACAUAUUCACUGAUUUGUGCAUCCCAGUUAGCUUUUAAUGCUGUUUUCUCUUAUUUUAUCAAUAGUCAGAAAUUCACUGCCUUGAUCAUUAACUCUACAGUGGUCCUGUCUUUAUCUGCUUCCCUUCUUGCUAUUAAUGAUGAAUCAGCCGGAUCGGCUGGUUGUUCCCAUGGAAAAUACAUUCUUGGUUUCCUUUGUACCCUUGGAGCCUCAGCAUUGUACUCAUUGUUACUUUCCCUCAUGCAAUUCUCCUUUCAGAAGGUUCUAAAACGGGAAACAUUUUCUGUUGUUUUGGAAAUGCAAAUCUAUACUUCACUUGUUGCCACUUGUGCUUCCAUUGUGGGUCUAUUUGCAAGUGGGGAGUGGAGAACUCUGCAUGAUGAAAUGGAGGGGUUCGGUAAGGGAAGGGUGGCUUAUGUGAUGACUUUGGUUUGGACGGCUGUUGCUUGGCAGGUUUGUUCUGUUGGAGUUGUUGGCCUGAUUUUCAUGGUGUCGUCUUUGUUCUCCAAUGUUAUCAGUACUCUCUCUUUGGCUGUGACUCCUAUCGCAUCUGUGAUAGUGUUUCAUGACAAGAUGAAUGGUGUAAAGAUAAUUGCUAUGCUUAUGGCUUUCUGGGGUUUUGCUACUUAUAUAUAUCAGAAUUAUCUUGAUGACUCUAGGCAUAGAAGAACACAAGCUGCUGUUGAUAAAUCCAACUGUGAUGCUUCUUGCUGAGAACACUGUUAUUUUGUUUGGUAACUUAAGACACCUUUCCCCAGUUUCCCCUUUUGGCUCUGCACUUAUGUAAAGCAACAAAGGAUUUUACUUUUUGUUUUUCUUCUGUCUUUUACUUUUGGUACAACUGGUGAGAGCUAGUAUAGUUAUGUUUAUGUACACAUUAUGGCUGCCAAUUUUUUGCUAAUAAAAGUCCUAAUAAAAGCAGAGAUUCGUCAGGUUUUUAUUUUGCACAAUAUUGUUCCCCAUCUGAUCUUCAAAUGCGGGCACUGCUAUAUUCCUUGCCAGUUCUUGAUAAUCAUCGAGGUUUCAGGAUUUGAGUAAUUUAUUUUUCGCUGAGGAACCCCUUUGGUUAUUUGUUAUGACCUUUUCUGAAAAGAUGUGAGUAAAAUUAAUAUGUUUUGGUCUGAUGAAGUACGCAUAAGUAGGAGGAACAGUGUGCGUUUUUUUUUUUUUUUUAAAAGAAAAAACAACUGAUAGGCUUAAAGCUACAUAGAUUGGGUUUUAUAUGUAUAUCCUAGUGGAAGGUAAAAUGUCCAUGAAAGCAUGAAUAGAUGGGUUUCCUCCAGGCCAUGUUGCUUUACAAUUUCUCUAUUUAUUUUACCUUUUUUCUUAUUAUUCAAAUGCUUCUAUUUUUCUGUUUGCUAAAAAUUCAAAUUCUAACAGUAACAACAAUAUGAAUAUAGCCAGCACCUCUUUUGAAAAUUUUUCUGCAACUUUUCCUCCCUGUUUUUCUUUCAUGAUCAGAGAAUAGGUUCUUUCCGUAUAACUUGGUUCUCUGCGCCACCACCACAUGAACUUCUGCAGCCUCCAAUUUCUGAUAAUCGCUGCUGUAUGUUACUGUAGAUAAGAAGAGGUACUUAAGUCUGCAUGCAUUCUACAUUUUCUCUUUAAAAGAGAAAAUAUCUAGUCAUGGUAGCAAAAAUUUCAAUGCAAUUGUCAUAGGAUUGGAAGUUUGCUUCAGUUAUCCAGGUGGCGGUAAAGAUGGAGGAAGCACAGGUUUUAACUGGAAGGACUUCUAUACUUUUUGAUGUUCACUCCUCUUGCGUGUUUUGUUUUGGGGUUAAAUCUUCAAAUCAUGAAGGACCUUUGAAACUGGUUGUAUCUUUUCUAGCUUUGCUGUAAUACUAGAAUGCAAUAUCAUUCUUGGUACUUGCAUAUGUAAACUUUUCGUGGAGAGUUAAUUCCGGCCAUUUUCUCUGUUCUUGGCAGGGACUGAAGGGAGAAACGGGAAGUCCUCAUUCCUGAAUUUAUUUCAAUUAUGUGAAAUGUUUUCAAACAACGGCGAGAGAUGAUGGUGUGAUCACUGCCACAAGGCUGGCCAGAAGAGCAAGGUGCGUUGGAAUUUUCACGGUAAAUCAAUCAAAGUGAAAAUGACUAAUAAGCAUCAGGGCGGUGGGUACAUGGACGGACUGGAAAGAAAAAAAGGGUACCUGACAUGGCGGUCAAACAUUUUCUCCAUGGAUGUAGCCUCGUUUGGUUUGUGAAAUGGAAUGGAAUGAAAAUAAUUUCUUAAUUGUGAAA